CUGGGGAGCCCACAAUAAACAGCGUCUAACUCCAGUGCAGCCGGAGGCAGGCAGAGGUGGCAGCUGCCUUCUGCUUGGGGGGAGGUUAUUCACCCACAUCCUUUCCCUGCACCCCACCCCCCAGAUCUCAAGCCUUGGCAGGGGACAAAGGCAGUCGGUCGGGACCCCCCUCCCACGUCUUCCCAGGCCAAGAACCGCGGGAGCUCGGGGCAGAAAAGCAGAGCCUGCCAGCAGGGAUGGAACAACCUGACUGAAGGCGAGGUCCGGGACGGAGGGGAUUGAGCUAUAGGGCUGCGGAGGAGGGGAGGCGGAGGGGGCGCUGGGGCUUUCGCUUGCUCCAGCCCUGCCAACCCAGCCAUCCGGAGACAACCGGCACCAGCCACCCGGGCCUUGGAGAAGCCUGACUCCGGACUCCAUUAGCACCAUGCAGUGGAUAAGGGGUGGAUCGGGAAUGCUGAUCACUGGAGAUUCCAUCGUUAGUGCUGAGGCAGUAUGGGAUCACGUCACCAUGGCCAACCGGGAGUUGGCAUUUAAGGCUGGCGACGUCAUCAAAGUCUUGGAUGCUUCCAACAAGGAUUGGUGGUGGGGCCAGAUCGACGAUGAGGAGGGAUGGUUUCCUGCCAGCUUUGUGAGGCUCUGGGUAAACCAGGAGGAUGGGGUGGAGGAAGGGCCCAGUGACGUUCAGAAUGGGCACCUGGACCCCAACUCAGACUGCCUCUGUCUGGGCCGGCCACUCCAGAACCGGGAUCAGAUGCGGGCCAAUGUCAUCAAUGAGAUCAUGAGCACUGAGCGUCAUUACAUCAAGCACCUCAAGGACAUUUGUGAGGGAUACCUGAAGCAAUGCCGAAAGAGAAGGGACAUGUUCAGCGAUGAGCAACUGAAGGUGAUCUUUGGGAACAUUGAAGAUAUCUACAGGUUUCAGAUGGGCUUCGUAAGAGACCUGGAGAAACAGUACAACAAUGAUGACCCCCACCUCAGCGAGAUAGGACCCUGCUUCCUGGAGCACCAAGAUGGAUUCUGGAUAUACUCUGAGUACUGUAACAACCACCUGGACGCCUGUAUGGAGCUCUCCAAACUGAUGAAGGAUAGCCGCUACCAGCACUUCUUUGAGGCCUGUCGCCUCUUGCAGCAGAUGAUUGACAUUGCUAUUGAUGGUUUCCUUUUGACUCCAGUGCAGAAGAUCUGCAAGUAUCCCUUACAAUUGGCUGAGCUCCUUAAGUAUACCGCCCAGGACCAUAGUGACUACAGGUAUGUGGCAGCUGCUCUGGCUGUCAUGAGAAAUGUGACUCAGCAGAUCAAUGAACGCAAGCGGCGUUUGGAGAAUAUUGACAAGAUUGCCCAGUGGCAGGCCUCCGUCCUAGAGUGGGAGGGUGAGGACAUCCUAGACAGGAGCUCGGAGCUGAUCUACACUGGGGAGAUGGCCUGGAUCUACCAGCCCUACGGCCGCAACCAGCAGCGGGUCUUCUUCCUGUUUGACCACCAGAUGGUCCUCUGCAAGAAGGACCUGAUCCGGAGAGACAUCUUGUACUACAAAGGCCGCAUUGACAUGGAUAAAUAUGAGGUAGUCGACAUUGAAGAUGGCAGAGAUGAUGACUUUAAUGUCAGCAUGAAGAAUGCCUUCAAGCUUCACAACAAAGAAACUGAGGAGAUACAUCUAUUCUUUGCCAAGAAGUUGGAAGAGAAAAUACGCUGGCUCAGGGCUUUCAGAGAAGAGAGGAAAAUGGUACAGGAAGAUGAAAAAAUUGGCUUUGAAAUUUCUGAAAACCAGAAGAGGCAGGCUGCAAUGACUGUGAGAAAAGUCCCUAAACAAAAAGGUGUCAACUCUGCUCGCUCAGUUCCUCCUUCCUAUCCACCACCACAGGACCCAUUAAACCAGGGCCAGUACCUGGUUCCCGAUGGCAUCGCUCAAUCACAGGUCUUUGAGUUCACUGAACCCAAGCGCAGCCAGUCACCAUUCUGGCAAAACUUCAGCAGGUUAACCCCCUUCAAAAAAUAAUACCUACAGGGAGGCAGAUAAUUUUAAAAUAAAGUAAAUAAAAUUAUA